CAGCAAUGGAGAGCAUCUCGUCGGCAUUCUCAAACAUGAAGGGCGCAUCGCCACAGGAGAAGAAGGAGGCAAUCAAGCGGCAGGUGUCCAGUGAGAUUGCAAUGGCCAAUGCCCAGGAUCUCAUCACAAAGUCUACAGAGAAGUGCUACUUCAAGUGCGUCCCCAGCCCAUCCACAAGUCUUUCUUCAAAGGAAGAAGUGUGUCUGGAUCGGUGUCUGCAGCGAUACUUUGAAGCAUUCAACAUCGUUGCAUCUGCUUACACCAGGAGGGUGGCUGCAGAGAGGAAUGCAGGAGCUACAUUGCAAUAGAAGACAAGAAAAGAGGGUGGGGAGAGGCAUUCAGACGAUCAGAGACUAGAGGUCUGAACUACGACACAGGGUAAAUACACCACUUGCACGAGGUUGAUUGGAUCGCAUUGUGACAGUAGUAAGGAGCCAGGUAUGACAGUGAGCUC